AUGAAUAAUCAUAAGUCAGGUCGAGACAAAAACAAAAAAGAUGUACCUCAGAUAGAUUUAGAAAUAGACGACAGUGUAGUUAAAUGUUCACUAUCAAACUUCAAUAAUAUUGUAGAACGUGAAUGUAUUAACUUUAUGUUGAAAAGGCACGAAGAGGAGGAUAUUAUUGCCCUAAAUAAUUUGAUAAAUCAUCAGGAUUGGAAAUCAAAAUAUAAAAAAUUGGAGACUCAAGCCAGAAUGUUAGAUAGUAUUGGAAGUGCCUUGAAGAAAGAUUUAAAAAUAAAUAAGUUUGCACAACCAGUGAGGUGUCUUUCUGCUUCAGUUAAUCAACAAGUUAUAGUUACAAUGACCGACAAAGGGAAAAAGACCAGUGAUACAGCAAGCUAUGCACUUAAGGGUUCUAAGAAGAAAUGUCAAGUAUUUACAUUAUCAGAUAGUGAUGAUGAUGUCAUAAUAACUGAUACGUCAAAUAUCAAAUCAAUACAAACUAAAAAUGUAAAUAUUAUUGAUUCGAUUGAUUUAGAUAAUGAUACCGAAAACUUGGAGGUUAAUUAUAAGCCAGCUCCAAAAUCGAAAACAAAUUGUCAAUCAAAUAGUGAAGAUGAUCCUGUCAUAAUAACUGAUACUUCAAAAAUCAAACCAAUACCAACUAAAAAUAAUAAUAUUAUUGAUUUGAUUGACUUAGAUAAUGAUACCGAAAACUUGGAGGUUAAAUAUAAGCUAGCUCCGAAAUCGAACAUAAAUUGUAAAUCAAAUAGUGAAGAUGAUCUUGUCAUAACUGAUACGUCAAAAAUCAAACCAAUACCAACUAAAAAUGAUAAUAUUAUUGAUUUUAUUGAUUUAGACAAUGAUACCGAAAACUUGGAGGUUAAAUUUAAGCCAGCUUCGAAAUCAAAAACAAAUGAUAAUAAUAAAGUACUGCCAAUUAAAACUGAAGCCGGCAACACUUUAAUUAAUAGAGAAUUUUUAUCCACAAAUAUACAAAAACGGAAACCUGGGCCAAAAUCAAAGACAAUGUUUGUCAGUGAUAUGGUUCCUUUUAAUGCUGAAAAUGAGGAAACUCCUGCAAAAAAAAUGCGUUUAAAUGAGUGUGAAGUUAUUAAUAACAAAGAAUCAAAUACAAUAAAUUUCUUAAGUUGUAAUUCAAUGAAGAAAUUAGAAGAUGCUGAGAAUUUAAACUAUAAUUUAAAGUCUUCAAUUUUAAAGUAUCCACCACCUUAUCCCUUAAUACCACCACAUAAUAGUCAACCUUCAUGGAAAGACGUGCCUCCAAGACCUAAUAUGUCAAUCGAGGUUUCAGAAAAUAAAGUGAUUUUAACUUGGGACUUGAAUUUGACUUGGCAGACAGCAAAGAUCAAAAUGUAUGAACUAUUUGUAUGCCAAGAAUCAGAUGCACCUCCACACACCUCUAUGUGGAAAAAAAAGGGCAACAUAGAGGCAGAUAAAUUGCCUAUGGCUUGUGAACUAGAAGUGUUUGAAUUAGGACAUAUUUACUAUUUUGCUCUAAGAGCGGUGGAUGUCCACGACAGACGUGCACCUUGUGCUGUUCAAAAAACUAAGAUUUAG